AGUAGAAACAAAAAACAAUCGUGACCUUACGUUACAUAGUUUUAAAGCCAUCUUUUUAACGCCCAAACCCUAGGGUUUCUAUCUGAUCUGCGUAGCUCGAAAAAAGCUUACUUUGAGUCUCCCUCUCCCUCUUUCACCUCUUUCGCUUCUUCAGUUCUGUGAAGAUGUAUACAACAAAGCAGAAGAUUCACAAAGAUAAGGAUGCUGAACCUAGCGAAUUCGAGGAGUCUGUUGCACAGGCACUCUUCGAUCUGGAAAAUACCAACUCAGAGUUGAAAUCUGAUAUGAAGGAUCUCUAUAUAAAUUCAGCAGUUCAAAUUGAUGUUGCUGGGAAUAGGAAGGCUGUUGUUAUCCAUGUUCCUUACAGACUGAGGAAAGCUUACAGGAAGAUUCACGUCAGGCUUGUCAGAGAACUUGAGAAGAAGUUCAGUGGGAAGGAUGUAAUCCUGAUUGCCACCCGGAGGAUAGUAAGGCCCCCAAAGAAAGGUUCAGCUGUUCAAAGGCCUCGCACCCGCACACUUACUGCUGUCCAUGAGGCAAUGCUCGAGGAUAUUGUAUUGCCUGCUGAAAUUGUUGGCAAGCGGACCAGAUAUCGAAUUGAUGGAUCCAAGAUAAUGAAGGUUUUCUUGGACCCAAAGGAGCGAAACAACACAGAAUACAAGCUGGAGACAUUUUCCGCAGUUUAUCGGAAGCUUUCAGGCAAAGAUGUGGUGUUCGAGUUUCCAGUAACUGAGGCAUAAAAAACUGGAUAUCUGUGACACCUUUGAAUGGGUUUUUUGUUUUUUUUUAUUCAGAAAAAUUGCUUUUAGUGGGCUGUUUAAAUUUUGACGUUAGUGAGUUGUAGCAAUCAGGAAAUGUUUGGUGGAUUCAUUUUCUUCAUUGUUGUCAAUGCUGAAUUCUAGAACAUUUAAGUUA